AUGGUAUCAGAGCAUCGAUCCAAGACCUGGUUAUGCAUCCAGGAAGAGAAAUGUAUUGAUUGUUACAAAGCAGGCAUGGUUAAUGGCAAAAUACUGAAACCUAGUGAUGAUUCUCCCAUCCUCGAUUGCUGGCUUAGGUGUAAUGCUAUGGCGUUCGCAUGGUUGAGCAAUUCACUCUCCAAAGACAUUGGUGAGAGUGUGCUUCAUUGUGAGACUGCUAGGGAUAUUUGGCUUGACCUAGAAGAUAGGUAUGGACAGACCAAUGUCAGUAGGUACUAUCAGAUUCAAAGGGAAAUUGCUGGGGUUGUACAAGGUUCAUCUGACAUUGCUAGUUAUUUCACCAAACUUAGAAGAUUAUGGGAUGAGCUUAGGAGUGCCUCAUUUGGUCCUGUUUGUAGUUGUGGUGCUGAACCACAGUGUAGUGAAGGAGAAAAGCUCAUCGAAUUCCUCACCGGACUCAAUGAUACAUAUUCAAAUGUUAGGAGCAACAUUCUCAUGAUGUCUCCUAUUCCCAGUUUAGGCAAAGCAUAUUCUAUGCUUCUUCAUGAUGAAAGUCAGAGGGAAAUACAAUCUUCUCAAUCAUCUUUUAUCUUAGACUCAACUUCUUUCUCUGCUAAGUCUACUUCACAUGCUUCUGGUUCCCACACUUCCACCCCACAUGAUUCACAUACUUCUUUAUUCACCAUCAGUAGUAAGGGGUACUCUCAAAGGGUCAGUUUUGACAAUAGGAAGUCAAGCUUAGUCUGCAAAUACUAUAAGAAAACUGGUCACUCAGUGGAACAGUGUUACAAGCUUCAUGGGUUUCCAACAGAUUUUAAGUUCACAAAAACAGAAAAUCAACAGCAUAUGCACAAGUUAAUGAGUCUACGGUAG